GCUAUGAGUGUUCUGUCAUCUGUGCCAGAAUCUGUGCCUCGAAGAAAAGUAGAUACCUACCAAUACCUACUUUGUGAAUUGUGUGUUGAAAAGUGAAAAUGGUUGUCAUGUUUUAAAUAUUUCUGAAAAUUGUUCUUCAAUGAUAUAUAACUUUGAUUUAUACGUACAGACUUGUUUGAAUACGAAACCCUGUUCUUAAAACCGAUCAAAGGAAUCAGUCACCAUUGAGCUUACUGCAUAUUGGUACUCAAAAUGCAAGGUGAUGAUCCUCCCUACCUACCAGUGGGAACUGAUGUGAGUGCCAAAUACAAAGGUGCAUUCUGUGAGGCUAAGAUAAAGAAGGUUGUAAGAAACAUAAAAUGUAAGGUGACAUUGAAAGCCGGUGGUGGGUCCACCACAGUGAAUGAUGAUGUCAUAAAAGGCACACUGCGUGUUGGUAGCACAGUAGAAGUAAAGCAAGAUCCGAAGAAGGAUGCCAUGGAAGCUAUCAUCACCAAGAUACAAGACUGCAGCCAAUAUACUGUUGUGUUUGAUGAUGGCGACAUAACAACAUUACGUCGUUCAGCACUGUGUCUAAAAAGUGGUCGACAUUUCAAUGAAAGUGAAACGUUAGAUCAAUUGCCACUUACGCAUCCAGAACACUUCUCUACACCUGUAAUAGCUGGCCGGAGAGGAAGGCGUGGAAGAGCUCAAUCUGACGAGAGUGAGGGUGAAGGUCCGACGCGGCGCGUGAAGGCGGACAGUACGGAGCGCGAACCGCACGUGGGGCGCGUGGUGUUGGUGGAGGCAGCCAGCGGCGCCGAACGACGCCGCCCUCACCAGCCCGCUUUCCCUGCGCUCGUCGUGGCACCCACCGCACAGAUCAAGGUCAAAGAGGACUACCUUGUGCGUUCUUUCAAGGAUGGAAGAUACUACACAGUGCCCAAGAAGGAGGCGCGCGAGUUCCGCAAAGGCAGUGCGCCGCUGGAGUGGGCGGGCGUGGAGGCGGCGCUGCAGUACCUCAACCAGCAGGUGCUGCCGCCGCACUGGGACCGCGACGCGCUCUUCAACGAGCCUAGGAACACCUCCGAUGACAGUUCAGACGACGAACCGCGAGAGGAGAAAGAUCAUUUUGUAGCGCAGCUUUACAAGUUCAUGGACGACCGUGGAACGCCGCUCAAUCGCAACCCCACGAUCGCCAACAAAGAUAUUGAUUUAUACAGAUUGUUCAGAGUGGUCCAUAAACUUGGUGGAUACAAUAGAGUAACAAAUCAAAAUCAGUGGAAGACUAUUGCUGAUAAAAUGGGAUUCCAUUCAGUUACAACAAAUAUAACCAAUUUAUGCAAGCAAGCAUACAAAAAGUUCCUGCACAGCUUCGAGGACUUCUACCGCAAGCUGGGCGUGACGCUCGUGGCGCACCCGCGCGGCGCGCGCACGCCGCCCGCCGGCCGCUCGCUCAUCCGCGACCGCGACCGGCACCCGCCCGCCUCCGCCGCCGCCUCCUCCUCCGCCUCCGCCUGCACUACACCCACUGGCAUACCCAACCAGCUGAGAAGUAAAGAUAAAGAUUCUGACAAGAGCGAGACAGAUAAAAGCGAUAGAAGUGAAAAAGACGACAAAAUUGAGAAGAGUGAAAAGAUAAAAGAAAAACCAAGAGCCAGCGACGGAGAGGACAGCGCCGACAACCAACCCCUGAUCGCAGCUACACCAAAAUUAGAGAAAGAAAAAGAGAAAGAAAAGGAAAAGGAGAAGGAGAAAGAAAAAGAUAAAGACAAGGAUAAGGACAAGGAAAAAGAUAAGGACAAGGAAAAAGAAAAGGAUAAGGACAAGGAAAAAGAAAAAGAUAAGGACAAAGACAAAGAGAAAGAAAAGGAGAAGGAAAAAGAUAGAGAGAAAGAAAGGGAAAAAUCAUCGUCGAACACAACCAACGAAGAGAAAACUGCCGUCAAACCGCGCUCACAAUCAAAAGGACGUAUCAUACUAUCCACUAGGACUGAAUCGCACGACAAGAGGACUCCCAAAAGGCGUCCUUUGUCCUCGAAAAGUGAAAGUGCUAGUGCGAGCACCUCGCGCGCGUCUCGGCGGCCGCACGUGUCCACCGACAGCGAUAGCUCGGGCAGAGCUUCGAGAUGUGGCCCAACGAAAAAGAUGCAAUGCCGCCGCAGUCAGAGCGCUAAUUCAGCGAGCAGCGGCAACACUAUCGCGUCAAACAGCAGCAAACGACCGCGGAAGCGGAAAAACACCGAUUAUAUUUUCAGACCAUCAUCAACUGAAACUGCGCACACGAGAAUAUCAAAUGUGAAAGCGCAAGUUGGUGAUAAGCUCAAAGUUUAUUAUGGACCCACACAGUCAGAAUCAAAGGUAACUUAUGAAGCAAAAGUGAUAGAGAUAUCUUCAGAGGGCAUGCUCCGAGUGCACUACACCGGCUGGAACACGCGCUACGACGAGUGGAUCAAACCGCAACGCAUCGCGCUCAAUGUCACUCAGCACGAAGCACGCAACAAGAAGAGUACAAGCAUCAGUAGGCGUGUUCGUGCAAAAAGAACAGAAGAAUCGUCUGCAUUGUCCGAUUCUGAUAGUGAUUCUGACAGUGAAGUAGGUGUUAAAAGACCGCCUAAACAAUCAGAUGACAAGAGUGGUUCGAAAACUCCAUCAAGAUCAAAAGACGCAAAGUCGAGUGACAGCAGCAGUUCCAACAAGCCGCGCAAAAGACCUGCAAGAACCAUCUCCACUCCAACAAACGCCUCGCCGGCUAAAAAGCCGCGUCCCAAUGUGUCUUCUCACCAGGGUCGCGACUACGAUCUUAACGAGAUAAGAUCGGAAUUGAAAGGUCUCCAUACAGUGAAGCAGGAACCAGAAGAAACAGCAGUUAAACAAGAAACAGUAGAAAAGGAAACUACUGCGCCGGCCGCGGCUCCUCCGCCCGAGCCACCACAACCAGAAAAGCAACCCGAAGAUGUUUAUGAAUUCAAAGAACCCGAGCCAUUUGAACUGGAACUUCAUGAUGAAAAGAAAAAACGCACACAUCGCAUUUUUGAUGAUAUUUCCCCUAGUAAAUAUACAUCAACUCUAUCUAAGUCUCUAAGUGAGGAAAUUUCGGAGGAUUCUAUAAGACCACGUCCAUCAUCAUUGCGAUCGCCAUCUUUAUCGCCUUUUAGAGAUUUUGGAACAACAAGGGAUACUGGAAGGCAAAGUCCUGAGGAAGAUUCUAAAGACUGUCUCUUCUCUCUGGAUGACGAUUCUUUCCCAGGCGAUGGAAGUUCGGGUCCUACGUUCGAAGGUUUUACACCGGCUAAGAAUCAAGAAACUUACUCGAAAAAGAGUAAAGUAUCUAAACUAAGGGAAUUAAUCGACGAAUCACCAGGCAGUCCCGCUGAUGAUGAACAAUCAUCUGACGAUGAACAAGAUAUGUUGAUAAAGGAAGAGGAAGAAGACAGAGAAGUAAGCCCCGCUGUGUUACCACCAGUCGAGGCAAAUAAAACACCUGAACAAAUUCCAAAGGAGGAAAUUCCAAUUCCAGAAUCCAUACAGGUAAUUGAAGAAGUCAAAGAAGAAGUGCCUGAAAUUGAAGAACCUAUAGAAAUAUCCAUUCCAGAAACAUCUACUACUCCUCCGCCACGGAAAGACAUUGCGAUUAUCGUCACUGCAAUUCCUCCCUUUGUGUCAUCUACUGUAACUAUUACGGCACCUGAAGAAGAACCUAAUAAGAUUGAGGUAACAGAACCGCCACCUGCCCCUCCUGUAAUAGUUGUUGCACCACCCCCAGAAACCGUUAAAGAAAACAUUCUAACUAUAACCAUUGACAAAAAAUUAGAUCCAGAACCAGUGACAUCUAAGUUAGAGCCUCCAUCUAGUCCACUAAUCGAUACUGAAGAGGAUAAAUCCGAACCAGACAGUCCAGCCAGGAUAGAUGUGUUGCCUGAACCGCCACCCGCAUUCUUGUUACAAUCCGAAGGACCAAAGAUAGCAGAGAAGCUUCUGAAAGCAAUCAGCAGCGCCAAGAGACUAUCUAUGUCACCGCCACCCAUGGAUGACAGGCCGGAAACGCCGAAAGCUGAUCAGCUCAAACUGAAUAAACCGGAUAUAAAAAUUUCCUCAUUAUCGCCAGAACCUAGGUCGAUUCCGUUAAAAACUGAACCUAUAAAGCAAUUAGUUAAGAUUGAACCGAAAAAAGUUAGGACGCCUGAAAUAGGAGAGUCUAUAUUUGGAGAGCCUUCUAAUUUAACUGACGCGAAACGUGAUUCUGCAGACAUUAAAAAAGUUAAACCAAAGGAAGCAACCCCACCCCGAUUACAGAGUCCAUUAAAUAUCAUUGAACGUCGUAGGAGUGUGGCGGAACUUACACUGCCUGUUCCUGGAAAAAAUAAUAAAGUACUUAGCGAUACGAUACAGAAACUAUCAAGUCAGAUAAAUCAGGCGGCUGCUGCAGUCACAGCCAUACAGUUACCGCCAUUCCCGCCUGAGGAUAGGAGCGAAUCAAGCGAUUCUGACGACUCCAACAGAAGGUUAAUAAUAGACAAGCUAUCGACGGAAGACUGGGGCAGCGGAGGCAAUUCGGAGCCUAGCCGCACGCUGACGGUCCCGAGCGUGUGUCACGGUCCGGGCGGCGCCGUGAGUGCUGCGAGCGCCGUCGCGUCCGCCAGCGUGCGCGCGCUGCACGCGGGCAAGUCGCCCGGCGAGUGGAGCGCGGGCGAGUCGCUGCUCAUGCUCGAGGACGCCUGCAAGAACGAACGGAAACACAGUGCAAGUGUGGUGGUGGCAGGCAGCGGGCGCGUAGUAGCAGGCGCCAGUGCGGCCAACGCGGCAAGUGCUGUAACUGCGUGUGAGGAGGACAGUAAUAUCUCGCUACUGCUAUGCGAGGAGACCAUUCCCGGCUCGCCCGCGCCGGACGCAGAGCCCGCGCCGCCGCGUCAACGCCUGCACAUGCCCUUCGCCUCCGCGCCGCCACACCAUCACAUGCAUUCUAAAGAUGAGCGGCGCGGCGAGGGCCCAUCCCGGCCAAACAACGCGGGCGCGGCGGCCGCGGCCGUGGCGCCGCCCGAUCCCGACGCGGAGCCCGCGCCCGCGCCCGGCCCGGGCUGGGGCCGCCGCCACGCGCUCAUCGACAACACGCCGCCCACCACGCCCGACAGCAGUCUCGACAUGUCUCCCAGGGAAAGGCGGAUAUCCGAACGUGACAGUCCAUCUGACCGCAAGGAUGACGAAGAUGAGGUGCGAGCGAACGACGCAGCUCUAGACUUGGAUAAGUCGCAUGGCGGGCGGUCGCGCAAGGCGUCGGAGAGCUCGCUGGCGGGCACGGCGGGCGGCGCAGGCGCGGCGGGCGGCACUGGCGCGGGACGCGGCCGCGCGCGCCGCCCGCGCCGCGACACCGACGAACACGCGCAUGCGCUGCACCACACGCCGCUCAAGUACAACUUCUACGUCGACCUCGAUCCGUCGUGGGAUUGCCAAACGCGUAUCAACGUGCUGACGUCACGGCUCGCGGACUUGCGUAAAGUUUAUCUCUCAGUGAAGGCUGAACUCGCUGCGAUUGACCGCCGCCGGAAGAAGCUUCGCCGUAAAGAGAGAGAGGCUGUCAAAGCAGCGAAGGCGGCAUGUUCAUGAUGAAAAAUGAUCUAAACAAGCCUCAUAAGGUUGUUCUAAAGGACAACCCACUAUCCUAUGUUUAUUCGUUUUAGAAUGAACAUAAUAGCAUAAGUUUAGUACUAGCUGUGUUACGCAAAGUACACUGUUUGACUGCACUUGGUAUUGCAGACAAAUAAAAUUUUACGAAGGUUUAUUAGAGUGGCUAUAAUAUAGUGUUAUAUUAUUCCACAAGUAAUUUUCUGAUAUUUAUAAACUGUUUUAAAGAAAAGAAUAUAUCGUUUAGUAGAUUGUAUUUUAAGCUUAUGUAUGAAUAGAUAUAUAAUCAUAAUACGCGUAAAAAGUAUUUUGUAAUGCGUUUCUCUUUAUCACUGUAUGAAAGAUCAGAUCAAAUAUAAAUGAUGUUAAUAGCAAACCAUACAUUUAGAUCCGUAGUGUUAUAAGACUGAUGGAUCAUAUAUAAUAUAUUGUGAAUAAUAUAUUUGUUCGCCAAAAUAUUUGAUUGUUUGUUCUGACGCAUAAUGACCAAUAUUGAAAUUUCGGAUCGUGAUGUUUAUGCGAAAUGACCCAAUCAUAUUUUUAUAUGGUCUUUACCAGUGACUAAAAUACCGUAUGUGCAAAAUAAAUUGUUUACCCACUCUUACGUGGUCGUUCAUGACAUUAUCAUUUAGAAAAUAUUUCUGUAGAAAACAGUUGAUUUUCAACAUAGUCUUACACUGAACGGUCGAUACAUAUUAUUUGUUUCGCAAAAUCUUUAGCGCAUGACUUAUCUGCUUUCAGCUAUUGUAACUUCCGAAACCUGCUCAACCCAUAGAUUAAAAUGUACCAAAGCGUCAAAUCUCAUGAGUUUGUUGCCGAGGCCUGUGCUUUAUUCUUUAGGACGCCGGUGUCGCAAACUUCGUUUUAUUGCCUAGCCACAACCUUGGUACACCGACUUAGACUUCACUAUCGAAUCUUAAUAACCAUGGUUAUUCCAAUAUUAAAUCUUUUUAUAUUUCUUUCUUUUUUGUUGCUCUUUGACACGCAUGAACAUCGGUGUCGACUUAUGAGUCCCUCUGUGUUCAAUCUGAACAGAGUUCAGUGUUUCGUCGUUUAGUUUAUAAUUAACCAGCUCAAGCUACCAUCUGCAUGAGGCUUUCCUAGCAUUCCACAAUUUGUUAUUUUAUUGGCACAAGAAACAACAAAACAACUUUCACAUUUAUAAUAGUGUAGGACUUAAAUGAAAUUUAUGGCUUUUCGUAUUUAUGAAAUCAAUGAAAUAACGUACGUAAUACGCAAUGCAUCUUAUUCAUAUAAAUAACACCUUGGACACGGUUACUUAAUAACACGCUAACAUUGCUUGAACAAUUAUUGGUGAUAUCCAAUAAAGACUUCCAAAUACAGACUAAUAUUUUAUUAUUACAAAAGCAUAUUUUAUGAAACGGACUUUGCCACUGAAAAACGUCAAGAAGGUAAAAAAAAAACUUGCUAUAUUUUAAACAUCUAGGUAAGUGCAAUGUAUUAUGUAAUUUAAAUGGUAACUAUGCAUCAGAAUAAGUUUGAUUACCAUACUGUAAAGUUGAAUAACUAAUAAACAUGUAAAAUUA